UUAUAUCUUAUCGAGCUUUCUCUCUCCGCGAACAAAAAAACCACCGAUCUCUCCAUCUCUCCAAGAAUUUCUCCUGUUUAGGGUCAGCUCGUUUCGCUGAGUUAUAACAAUGGUUGAUGCUGAAGUUCUGGCUCCUGCUGUGCCGGCGGUGAACGAGACGAGGUCCAAAAGAGCCACCACAAAGGCCACCGCCACCAAGGCCAGUGUGCCAAAAGCCAAGAAGGCAGCCGUGCAUAAGAAGGCCAAGUCCCCUCGCGCUUAUCCUUCUUUCCUUGUGAUGAUAAGUAAUGCGAUUGUGACACUGAAAGAGAGGACUGGAUCGAGCCAAUAUGCGAUCACUAAGUUCAUCGAAGAGAAGCAGAAGAAGUUGCCUUCAAAUUUCAGAAAGCUUUUGCUGGUUCAACUGAAGAGACUUGUUGCAUCUGGUCAGCUCGUCAAAGUGAAAAACUCCUUCAAGCUUCCUCCAACUCGCUCUGCUCCGGCUAUGAAACCAGCCGAUGUCAAGCCUAAACCCGCAGCUACCAAGCAGAAAACUGCCAAAGUCGCAGCCAAGCCCAAAGCUAAGGUCGCAGCCAAGCCCAAAGCUAAAGUCGCAGCCAAGCCUAAGCCUAAAAGUAAAGCUCCUGUGAAAGCUAAGGCGGCUGCUAAGCCAGCAGUGAAGCCUAAGUCUAAGCCGGCAGUGAAGCCGAAGCCAAAGCCGAAAACUGUGGCCAAGCCGGCUAAGGUGGCGAAAACUACUUCCAAAACUACGCCCGGAAAGAAGACGGUGAAGAAGGCAAGGAAAUGAGAUGUAGUCUUGAGUUGAGUAUUGCAUAGAGAUGUAAAUUUGUUGUUUGAUAGAUGCAAGUUGCAACAGAGCUAUUGGUUUAGGUUA